ACAAAAAACAAAGUGGAUCACGUGACACAGGAAGAACGCGAAACGGCAGAAGACCGACUGUACUGUCCACCGCCUGUCCACAGAAACACAUUUCCUAUGACCGUAAUUGACUAUAAUACCGAUAGUCUUAAUCUCAAACGAUGAGAAAAGACUGCGCUUAUCCCUGCCUCGGAAUGGCAGUUUACGGAUAAACAUCACCGGUUCAAUGGCCGCCGCCGCGGGGAGCGAAGCCCGUACGACCGGCCCUAGUGAGGGGGCAGUGGGGGGAAAACCAGGGGCACGGCCUCCAAUCCCCCCGCAUACCCUUUCAUCGGCAACUACCACUGCCUCCCCGGGACCUCUGAUGGUGGAAUCGGUGGAUGAUGCAGAGGGGCUGUACGUCGCGGUGGAGCGGUGCCCCCUUUGUAAUACAGCCCGUCGCAGGCUUACUUGUGCCCGCUGUAUUCAGGCAGGCGAUUUCGUUUAUUUUGAUGGUAGAGACCCUGAACGGUACACUGAAAAAUUUGAGAGACUGAAAAAUCUGAAAAAUGAAAAGGAAGACCUACAGCAAAGAGUUAUCAAAGCCAUGGACAAAAAGAUUCAGACUGAUCAGCUUAAGUGGAAGAUCAUGUCGUGCAGGAUGAAAAUCGAGCAGCUGAAAGAGGCCAUCCUCAGUGGGCAGGAGGAGGUGAAGUGUGGUAAGGACCUGCUCCUGCGUUCCCAAGAGGAAGGCCAGAGGCUGCACCGCAGAGCCAACCGGCACCAGGACAAGAAGGAGAAGAUCGAGCGGCACAACCGGCGCCUGGGCGAGCUGCUGGAGAAGAGGGGCCGGGAGCUGCAGGGCCGCCUGGAGCAGCUGGCAGAGAUCCGCCGGGGACACAUCCUGGAGCUCACCACCCACAUCUUCCCCAUGCAGGAGGAGAAGCUGGGAACCAGGGACCCAGCAGAUGUGGUGGCGGAAUGUGACUCUGCCCUGACCUCCAGCACGGUCAGCGAGCUGGCCGAGGCUCGGCGGACCACCUACCUGUCAGGCCGCUGGAUCUGGGACGACCAGAACGGCGAAACCAGCAUCAGCAUCACAGGCCCGCGAGUCACGCUGCCUAGCAACGGGGACUGCUCCGCCUACUACAGCUGGGUGGAGGAGAAGAGAACCAGCCAGGGUCCUGAGCUGGACCAUAUUAAUCCCGCCCACACCAUCAGUACUGCCCUGUGUUACGCCACCCAGCUCGUCACCAUCCUGUCCCAUAUCCUGGAUGUCAACCUUCCCAAGAAGCUUUGCAACAGCGAGUUCUGUGGGGAGAAUCUGAGCAGGUACAGGUUCACCCGGGCCAUCACCAAGCUCAACACCAACAUCCUGCACCUCUGCUUCUCCCAGCACGUAGACAGCGAGCUGCUUCAUCCCCACCACACUCUCAGGAACAUCAUGUUUCUGGUUGCCCCCGAUAACAAGAACCUGGGCAGAAGGAAAAUAGAGAGGGUUACCAUUGGAGGAUGGAUCACAGUACAGACAACAUCACAGCUGGGAAACAAGUUUGAGCUCUCACAUUAAACUUGCUUGGGUCAGGCAAAGGGUGCAUUCUACUCAAAAGUAUUUUGAUCUUACUGUGUCCACCUCUUCUGAAAUAAACUGCGCAUCUCCAGACAAGACCACCAAGUAUAGAGCAUCCAUUUUUAUGAAGGAAAAUUAAAAUUCUGCCAUUCUGUGGCUUGUGACAUUCAUCCUUGCAGCAAUUUCAGUAUAAAAGUGGCAGUUACAUGUGUAAGUCUUCCUUAGAGAAUAAGCCUGGCAUAAUUUAAAAUGUUUUUCUUCUUCCUAUGAAAAGACCGAAACCUACAAUUAAUUUAUCCCACCAACAAGUAUCGUCCAUCUAGAAAAUGCCCGCUAUAGUCAAUAUCCCAGUAGACAUAGAACUCCAUUGUUGUCCAAAAACUAUUAAAAUAAGUCAGAGACAUACUGUUGCAUUGGUCAGCAUAAUUGAUUGAUGAAGCCCUGGCCUUUGUACUUUUUCCUGAAACAACUGUAUGAAGUGACUGCGAGUGCUUUUUCAGUAUGUGGAAAGUUGUUCUAUUUCAGCGUUGACACACUGAAAAAUAUUCCCCAUUGAAAUUAACAGUUAGCUUCAAAGUUAACUACACUGGCCGUGUUUCAUAUGAUAAUAGAUUGCAUGUUCUAAAAAUGAAAAUAUGUCUUUCUGAGCAGUAUUUAAUGAUUAUAGUGCACAGUUUGAAUGAAUGACUUCCUGGUUGAGUGCUAAAUGGGGUAGGAGAAUGUCACAGUAUGAGAAUAGGAGAGAGGCGGACAGACGUUUUGUAAGUUUUGGUCUUUUCAUAGGAUAUGUUGACAAGGGAAAUAUUUAAUUAAGCCAGCCUUGUCCUUUAAGGUCAUAUUCUUAUAUAUGUGCAUAUAUGCCUUGAGAUUCAAGUGAUUAAGUAUGGUGUGAACGAUGUACAAACACAUAGUAAUCUCUGCUGUGGCUGACCAGAGGGUUAGAGCAGUGAUUAGCUUCUAGAUUUGGUUCAGCAGUAUCCACUAUGUUUUACACAUGCAAAGAAAGCAGUGAUAUAAAACACAGUUAGGGGUGUAUUUAGCCUGGCUUGACUUUACUGGUGCUGUGGGCUCAUUUUCUAAGACGUAUUAAAGCACUUCACUCCCAUAAACUCUUAAUCAGAGGUGCUGAAUCCCAAAGCAAACUAGACAGAAUAAAAGCGGUAGUGCGCCGGUAUUACCUUUCAGAGUGGAUACGUUUUUAAAUGCACAAACGUUUCUGCACCCAGCCGUUUGUGCAUGCUAACAGCAUGCUAACAAAUACAAAGUAACAAGCCACUUAAAUAGACAGCCACACACCGAUGUAGUUGUCUGAGCACACUGGUGCAUCAUCAGCGAUGAGCACGGUGAAUAUGGACAUGUGCUUAGCAAGCAGUGAAAAAGACCUGUUCAGGAAAUGAGCCUAUUCUAAAUAAACUAAGAUAAAUCACAUGCAGGAUGGCAUAUCAUAACUAUGCGUAACA